GCCAUGGUAAAUUCGCACUUAUUCAGUUACAUUAUAGGUAGAUUAUAUUGUAUGAUGUAAUAAAGUCACGAAUUUCUAUGGCACUGUUUAUAUACAAUUUGCCCACAGCAAACAUGGCCGCCUGAGUAGGCAUAGGAACGCUGCCCACAGUUGAGGCUCCACUCCUGUCAUGUCGGCUCUGAAGCUCCGCUUACCCCCUAAUGACGGCCCGGUGCUGUCCGUGGUGGACAUGCACACGGGCGGGGAGCCCCUGCGGAUAGUGCUGAGCGGGGCCCCGGUGCCGAGCGGGAGCACACUGCUGGAGAAGCGGCGCUGGGUGCGGGAGAACAUGGACUGGGUGCGCAGGGUGCUGAUGCUGGAGCCCCGCGGCCACCAGGACAUGUACGGGGCGCUGCUGGUGCCCAGUGAGGAGGCGGAGGCGCAGCUGGGCGUCCUCUUCAUGCACAAUGCCGGCUACAGCACCAUGUGCGGCCAUGCGGUCAUCGCUCUGGGACGCUUCGCCCUGGACUACGGGCUGGUGGAUCCGCAGGGGCCGGAGACCCAGGUCAACAUGCACUGCCCCUGCGGCCUGGUGCGGGCCUAUGUGUCCUACAGCGGGGGCCGCAGCGGCAGAGUGCGGUUUCACAGUGUUCCUGCCUUCACCCUGUGCACAGAUGUCCCAGUUGAUGUGCCCGGCUAUGGCACGGUAGUAGUGGACAUUGCAUAUGGCGGCGCCUUCUACGCCUUUGUUAGCGCAGAGCGCUUUGGACUGGACGUUUGCUCUUCAAAGACGAGAGAUCUUGUAGAUGCCGCCGCUGCCGUAUCGGAUGCUGUAAAGGCGCAGGUUAAAAUCAGCCAUCCUGACAGUGAGGACCUGGCGUUCUUAUACGGCACUAUACUAACGGACGGGAAGGAUGUAUACAGUGAGGAACCCACCGCCAAUAUUUGCGUGUUUGCAGAUUCCCAGGUUGAUCGCAGUCCGACCGGUUCUGGAGUCACAGCUCGUAUUGCUCUGCAGUACCACAAAGGCUUUAUACAACUGGAGCAAACCCGGACCUUCAAGAGCGGCACCACAGGGUCCUUCUUCACUGGCAAAGCAAUUAAGGAGACGGUUUGUGGUGACCACAGAGCGGUGGUUGUGGAGGUGUCCGGUCAGGCUCACUACACCGGCACAGCAAGCUUUACUCUGGAGAGCGAUGACCCCCUGAAGGACGGAUUUCUACUGAAAUAAUUAUCUGCAAGGCAUCGCCUGUCACUAGACUGAGUCCUUGAGGUGUCCUUUCUGGGUAAAACCUCCUGACUUGUCUGUUUUCGCAAAAUACUUUCAUUCCUCUGUUAUUCUAUCUGGAAAUGUAGGAAUAAUAUGACAGCUGGGCCUUGUUGUGGUGUGUCCCACACGGUCAGCGCUGAUUGGACAGUGUGCGCUGACAUCCCACCCUUCACAGUGGUAAAAGGGAAUGGUGACAUGCAGCUGUCAAUUCAUUCUAACAUUUCUGGUAGGCGUAACAGAGGGACAGCACACCAUUUCCAAGAAAAGACGCACCAGCAUGUGAAUAAAAAUAUUUACUAAAAACAGACAUGUCAGGAGAACUCACAAAUACCAAAGAUUUCAAUCACAUCCAUCCACGGACUUCUAUGGGGAGAGUGUAUGCUCAGAAUAGGGACCAGGGGAUGAUGGGUGAGGGGUCCGAGAUGUAGAUAUGCCAUAAACGUUUCACUGGAAUAUUGCUUUAAUGUUUAUUCAAAUGGGUGCAAUACAUAUGGGAACUGUAUAUUUACUGACACAAGUGGGGUCGGGUAGCAUUAUAGAAAUCCAGUCUACCUAGACUUUUUAUCUCUGGUUCCUGUUUUUAUUUGCCCAGAUCUGAUCUUUUUUUUUACCGUCACACACACUGCUCCUGCACAUGUGAAUAAGUCCUUACAUUACCAUUUUUGUUUCAGUUUUUCCGUUCCGCAUUGAAAAUCGGCAGUGUAAUAGUACGGGAGGUAUCAAAAAUCUCAUCUAUGAGAGCCCAUCUAUGAUAUUGGGGAUCUUGCCACAGAUUGGUUGCAAAACCUGCAUGCAAAUCUGCACAGAAAAUAUGCAUUAUUCCCCGUGUACAUCUGACCCACGAGAGCCCUCAACGCAGAUGUGAGCCUAGCCUAAGGACAUGUGGUGUGCUGCACGCUGGAAAAUGGCUUUGCUAACAUGCGUUGUACUGUUCUUUAGGGCGCUUUCACAUGACCGUACCGUUUUGCAGUCUGCAAAUUGCGGAUUCCGCAAAAUACGGAUACCGGCCCGUGUGCAUUCUGCAAUUUACAAACUGCACAUGGCCGGCACUGUGAUAGAAAUGCCUAUACCUGUCCGCAAUUGCAA